GAGGCGGGGCCACAGGAGAGAAAUUUGCGCGGGCUCGGGCUCGGCGCCGUCCGUCAUGGCGGCUUUCCGCGACAUCGAGGAGGUGAGCUACGGUCUGCUGAGCCUGCUGGGGGCCAACCGCGCCGAGGCGCAGCUGCGGCGGCUGCUCGAGCGCCACGAGCAGAUGGUGGAGCGGCUGCUGGAGACGCAGGACGACGCCGACCAGCGGCUUCGGGAGGUCUUGGCUGUGGAGGAGGAAGUGGCUCAAAGCCUUCUUGAAUUGAAGGAAUCCACGUGCCAGAAAGGCACCAAACUACAGCAGCUGGAUGUCGAGCUCCAGAACGCCAGCAAGGAGGAUGCCUGUCUGCAGGCCAGACUCUGUCAGCUUGCCACAGAGCUGCAAGAACUCAGAGAGAUGGAGGCGGAUCUUCAGGAACAGGAGACAAAAGUGGAUGAGGACACCACCGUCACCAUCCCCUCUGCAGUGUAUGUGGCUCAGCUGUAUCGCUGCAUCAGUAAAAUAGAAUGGGAUUAUGAGUGUGAGCCGGGGACCAUCAAGGGCAUCCACCACGGCCCCACUGUGGCCCUGCCCAUCCACCUGGACAGCACACAGCUCUCACAGAAGUCUAUCAGUGACUACCUCUGGAGUCUGGUGGACACUGCCUGGGAGCCAGAGCCUAACCUCACACUUUGAUAGAAUCGAGACUGAGGGGACCCAGGGGGGAAUCAUUCAAAAUUAAAAGUCUACGUGCAAAUGUCUGUGGUGAUAUUUUAUUUGUGCUUUAGCAAGUAAAAUUUGCCUGAAGA